AUGACAGGACAACAAUCCAUGUACCAGUUCCUGUUCGAGCGCCCACAAACCCCGAUUGUCUCCUACAGAUUCGCUUCAUCCAUCAGCUCUGUUCUCAAAGCCCAGGGUAUUCCAUGUCUACUAUGGGGUGAUCUAGCGAUGAGGGCUAUGGGAUAUCACAGCAUAGCACAAAACCUCGAUCUCAUACUCGAGGAUGAGCACUUGACACGAGCCGCCAACUUUUUCCGCAACUACGAACAUGUCCAUGAAUACCCUUACUUCCUACGCUGCGCCUCAGCCACUGCCACGACCCGUGAAUCAGGACGCCCGAUGCCUGUCCACCGCUUUCACGUCUACACCCACCCUGAGAUUAUCAUGACGCCAUCCCAAGCUUCACAAAGCUCUGGUGCUCGGGGACCAGCAGCAGAACAGGGAGAAAUACCGCACAUAGACAUAUGCCUCUACUCCAAGCGGUGGUACUUCCCAGGCAAUCCCCCAAUCCCGACCGGGAUCCCUCGGCCAACAAAUCUAAGCUACAUGUUGAGUAAUGACGGUCGACUACCCCUGACGGGUUAUCAGCAUGGUCAGCCCAACUUCGGCCGCUUUCCACAAGAUAUCGCCCCGGUUAUAAUGGCAAAGCCGGCUCGAUAUAUUGAAACGUUGUUGGUUCUCAGGAUCAACUUCGGUACUUGGUCGGAACAAACCAGGUGGUGGAGACUGACUCUUGCUCGGAUGACGACCACUGGGUUCGGGAAUGGUCCGGAUGAUGACCCUCAGCCGGUGAUGUUUGGGCCGUUGUAUGAUUCUGAGUGUUUCAGGGAGGAAUUUCAGCGUUGGUGGAAUUUAAUGCGGGCCAGGAAUAUUGAGGCCGUUUUGGCAGAGGAGGAGAAUAUGGGGGUUUUGUUGAGGUCGCCCAGCACGCCUGUUGGAGGGCCGUGGGUUCCUCUUUAG